AUGAGAGCGGAAUGCAGGAGAACAAAAAUGGAAAAGGAGGGGGCACACAACACAAUAAUAAAUUCUGAAAUGAGAUCGACAGAAAAGAGCGAGAAGCGUCCACCGCCUUUCGGAAUGAAUAUGUUUUUCUUUAGCAUCCCCCUCAAAGCUAUGUUUCUUUUUUUUGCGUGCAUGAUACCAACUGGACAUCAAGGGUGGACACACGCACAAUAUUUGAUGUCCGAGAGCCACCCAAAUAGGGACGCCUGCAGUUACAUAAUGUGCGGGAGUGGUGGCCGCCAUCUUAUGCUUAUUCUCGUCCAGGAGAAAUAA